UUAGAUCAAGAUCAUCAUAGAGGAAGACUAGUAGAAAAUAAUACAAGUUGAGAUGGGGAGGAGUCCUUGUUGUUCCAAGGUAGGGUUGAACCGAGGAGUGUGGACUUCUGAUGAGGACAAGAUUCUCACCGAUUAUAUUCAGCUCCAUGGGGAAGGCCGGUGGCGGAAUCUCCCCAAAAGAGCAGGUUUGAUGAGAUGCGGGAAGAGUUGCAGGCUAAGAUGGUUGAACUAUUUGCGGCCGGAUAUUAAGAGAGGUAACAUCUCUGAUGAUGAAGAAGACCUUAUUAUUCGUCUUCAUAAGCUUCUUGGUAACAGAUGGUCUUUAAUUGCUGGUAGGCUUCCGGGACGAACAGACAAUGAAAUCAAGAACUAUUGGAACACAAGUUUGAGGAAAAAGGCUCAUGGUAAUCACACUGCCUCGUCUUCUCCUCCUCCCAAGAUUUCUACUAAACAAAACAACACCAAGAGAAAGGAUAAAAGAAAGCGUGAUUCAGCUCAGGUCAAUGUCGAUGCCAAACUGCCUCAUCAGACUCCAUCCGCACAAUGCACCGAAAUAUUGAUCAGUCCAAAACCAGAUAAUCUUACCACUAGAGAGCCUGUACCAAAAAUAUUGGAUGCGGACGAGGGUAAGAUGUGCCCAGACCUUGCGAUUCCGACCGGGAGUAAUGAAACUGUUUCCGUGAAGACUAACGAACAUGUUAGUGAGCCAAAAAACAUUAGUCAGCUGGCAUUAGAUCCUGACGUUAACAUCGGCUCCAGUGACGACAUUUCCUUUACUAAGCUUCUGAGCCCUGGUUUCUCUGGUUUAUUCGGCUCCGAUUUUUAUAAUCACGAAGAGAAUGAGACGACGAGCACGUCCCCUUCAUCUUCAAAUGAGAAAUCUAUGAUGGAAAUGUUGGAGGAGUUUUGGAAUGUGGAAAAUAUCAUUAUCGAACCAAAUUUAGGUGCUUCGGACCUACAUUUUGGUUCCGCAGCCGAAUGCUUAGGAGAUUGGCUACUUUGAUGUUGUAUCUUCUUAUCUUCUACCUAGUAAUAAUGUUGUCUUCAGUUCAUUUAUAUAUUUAGCUAGUUUGAUCAAGAAUAAAUUUCAUGCAAUAAUUAAUUUUGUGCAAA